GGCUCAGUGGAUAUUAAAAGGGGGAGCUUGGAUAAAACAUCAAGGCCUGCAUCUAGCUCAAGUGCUCAUCCUAAUUGUAGAUCUUUAAAUACAUCUAUGGAGUUACCAACAGCAGAGCUACAUUUGCCUGAGAUUGAUUCACCUGUCAGUUUGCCUGGUAGUCAUCAAAGAGGCAGUCUAGAACACUGCUGUCCAGAAGAAAACAAAGGUGAUGACAGGGAGAAAUCUGGUGUCAAGGAAUUAAGAACAGAUCAGCAAACCAUGGUGGAGAGUACAACCGUCUUUCUUCAGAAAUGUAUCCUGAAUCCCAAGGAGCUGUCAGGUGUGGACUCUUACUCAGAUUCUGGAGAUGACAGUACUGAAAUACAGACUCUAAAAUUCUGUGAACCUUCCAAAGGGAAACUAAGUAAUGCAAAAGAAGCAAACUCUUCCAACUUGGAAUAUUCUGAAGAAAUAGAUGUAGAUCCUCAUAUUCAAGCAGCUAUAAAGAAAAUGAAUAAAUUUGACACAAUACUGGCAAAAAGACAUUUUAAGGAGAGAGCAAUUAAAAAACAAGGCAAAGAAAUGAGAGCAAAGCUCUGGGAAGAGCUUCAGUCUAUCAAAACCACUGGAAGCCAUGAAGAGAUAGAAAACACAAAACUUUUUUUAGCUUUGAUCUCAACAUGGCAGGAUACAGCUGGUCCCUCCUGUGCCAAAGAAGAUGAAAGACCUACUUCAGUAUUUCACACACAAAUUAAUCCAGAAGGUUAUGAUAGCCAUAAACCCCAAUGUAAUCAGGAUUUAAUGGGAUUGCUGUUAUUACAGCUCUCAUUGAAUCAGAAAAAGAAUUAUAACACAGCAACUCUUCUUCCUCGAACUUCAGAUUAUCCAAGUGAAUUAGAAACAAAUGAAUUUCGUAAUGAACCAGAAAAAAUGCAUAUCAAAAAUAAAAAUAAUAAGGAUUUCAUUAAAAAGAACAUCAAGCUAGCAAAGGAUUUGGGAAACCACUUUAAGCUUAAGGAAGAAAGAAAAAGGCUAAUUGAACUACUGAAAGAUACAGAAGAUGGAAUUGAAUUGCAGGGUCUUGAGCAAGAGGAUGUAUCUGGCUGUCAAGCACCAGGAGAAGGGUACAUACCUGACCUGAUGGAACUUCAUCACCUAAAGGAGAUAGACAUUAAGCUUCAAGCGCUAUUAUCUGAUAGGGAUUUUUCAGUGAUUUCCAGCUCUUGCUCAAAACCUCCAAUGAAGAUUUAUCAGGAGUCUCUGGUUUAUGGAAACAGAAGCCUAGAAGCAGUACCAGGUGAAAAGGUUCUGCGAGACAAUAAGGAACAACGUGAUCAACAAAAUCGUCUGAAAGAAAUAGAUCUUCAGCUGAAAUCCCUAGAGAGAAAUCGU